UUUUCAUGAAGGAGAGUCACAUCCUUCCCACUUGAUUGCGCACUUAUUUAUGAUGUUUCUUCUUCUUUUUUUGGUGAUCAGAAACCAACUUUAAAGAGUUCAUCCGCAUUGUAAUCGAAACCCCAGAGAGCCCAGAAAAGGUGAUCCUUUUGCCUUGACCGGUGGAAAGCAUGAAGUUCCUGGAGGCUGCGCGCGUUUCGGUUCUGCUGCUGGUGCUGCUGGUGGGGGAUCAGAGCAGAGCGCAGGGGAACGCGGCUCGGCUGGAGCGCUGGGUCAAGGCCGGACUGCAGUACCUGAAGGUGCACCUGUGCCGCAGGGUGGCUUUACCGGAAAGCGAGUGCCGCAGGCUCGCUCAUCUCCAUCCCAGCGGAAUAGCGGUGUAUACUUCAGAGUCCGGCUCGGGGAAAGUGCUCGCCAUCCUGCCCGAUUCGCACCCCGCGUUAAAAGCGGGUGCGGGUGCGAGCGCAGGCGAGCGCGGGCUGGAACGUGAGCGCUUCCCCGACGUGAGCGCGCAUGACGCCGUGCUCGUGCUGGACCCGAGUCCCGGAGAGAGUUUCGGCCACCCCGUGCUGCUCUUCUACGUGGACUUUAACGUGGCCAAGAAAAGGUGUGCCCAUAAGGACGGGGUUUAUUUGGGAGAGGCGUGUAUGACGCUGGCCCUGAAGACUCGCUGUCAGAACCAGCUGAAGCGGAGAAGGAGCCGAAGCGACCGUAUGAUGGACCGCACACAGAUUCGGAAGAGUACAGUGUCCAGAACAAGCCCUACAGAGCGUAGCAGUGGCCUCUGCGAGAUCCACUUCCUGCCCCGAGUGGUAGGAGUGAGGGACAGCAACCAAACACAACGCCUCCGCUGUGUCGAUCAUCCAGCGUUUGCUAGCUGCCCACAACCUUUGCCUCUUACUAGUCCAAGCGUACCCAUCUCUAGCUGUGAGCUCAAUAAAAACACCCGUCGAUGUCACCAGCAGCCUCUCGCCACACAUCUCUCCUGUCGCCUCUACCAGACCUGUGACCACGCAGUACUGCUCUCAGGUGGUUGGCAGGAACAGAUCACAUACCAGCAUCAUGAGCAGAAUCUGCUGCUCUUCUACCAGAUGCUAAGAAACAAUGGUUUUCAUAAGAAUCACAUUAAAACAUUCUUUGCUGGAAAUGGACAAGUAGCAGCUGAAGAGGCAGAAGGAAUGUACCCAGCCACAGAAAAGGAGGCAAUCCGGAACCACAUCUCCUACAUCUGUCGCAAGCAGCACUGUGCAGACACGUUUGUCCUGUAUCUGAACAGCCCGACCCGCAACGAUGGAACCAUGCUGCUGUGGGACCGCAACAACAACGGCAUUGCAGAUCUAAAGGAGCGCUAUGCAGUAGGUGAGCUCCUGGCUGACCUCGCAGGCUGCAAGGCAAGUCGAGUGCUGCUCUUUGUUGAGCAGAGCUACACCGGAGUUCUCACGAAGAGACUAAAGGGCUCUCUUAAACACCUUAACGUGGUACUGCUCAACGGCCUGUCCUGGGUGAACACGGCCCAGUUCUGGGCCUCUCUGCGUCCGUCCCACUGCCUCAUCGACCACCUCAGUAAGAAUGCUGUAAUGCCUCAUGUGGGUGAUGGGAAAAGCUUGCUGAACGUGACACUGUCUGGAGCUCCCUGUAACUCCACGCCACCUCUGUCAGAGGCUGAGAUGAGGAAGGAGUACAUGGGCUGUCAGAACCUGCCCACAGCACUGUGGCACCAGGGCCGUCGAAAGUCUCACAACAGCGAGAGAAACUGACUUAUUUUUCCAGUGCGGCCUCAUCAAAUUCUAUACCAGCAUCUAAUCUCAACUAGAGAAUGCUAGAGAUGCUAAACAUGUCUUUUUCAUUACCUUAGUUCUUUACUACGGCUUUCGAGCUUCGGUUGUAACAAUAGAUUCAGGCAGCUGCUUUAGGAUGCUGCUAGACAAGAAUACAAAUAUGCGUUUAAAUUAUUGUUGCUCAAGUACAGGUCAAACUGUCAUUAGCUAGAUCCAAAAUGCAUGGACUCUGGUAAAAAGGCUGUUGCGGAGGCCACAGGAGUAUAUAUGGUUUACAAGAAAGUGUUUCGUCUGCACUCUGAACCUCAGCCCUCCAUCUGCAGGAGAAGAUAGCAUCCCAGUGUUUGGUUCCUCCGGUAUUUUUGUCUACCCACUGUGGGGGUUCAUCUGGCGGGCAGCUGCGCUCUUGCAUCUCUCCACAUUCAGAUCGUCCUGUCACGGGUCAGCGCUCACAUCACAUCCUGGAGAUGAACCACAGUGACUAUAACAGUCUGCCAUUUCAGGACAAAUCAAAGCAUUGCUAUCAUUUAGUCAUGAGAACUGUUCCUUUGGCAAGCUCUGCCCCUUCCACUCUCUCUUUCAAGAGAGUUCUUGUUAACAAUUUUUCCCGCAGUCUGACGUUGACCUGUAGGUGACGGAAACAAACUAGAGGUGGACAUGUAGCUGUUUCACAGGUCUCUGCUGAGAUUUAAAUACAAGCUGUCGGUCAAAGGUUAAUCAAGUUCAGUAUAAAAGUUAGGAAUAAAAAGAACAUUGGACCUUUUUUCACAAAGGCCCCCACGACCAGGUUUGGCAUUAUAGUUCUUAUUAAGCUUAUUUGUGUAUACAGUAUAUAAUAUAACGGUGUUGUGAGAUCCAAAUCAGUUCUCAUAUGCCUUCAUACCUCAUUCCUGUGUACAAACACCCCUUAAACCAUGUUCAGUGCAUGUUAGCAAAACGUAGUUUAAUAGACUAUACCCAAGUGUAAAAUUCAGCUACAGUAAGUCAAUAAACUUUUUUGUAUAGACCAGAAAUGUGUUUAUUCUGUAAAAUGUCAUGUUGUGCUAAAUAAAUGAAUUUUAAUGUCACUUCAGAGGAUAAUAAAUAUCCUCACAUCCAGUUGUUCAACUGUAGCUUGU